AUGAGUUUAGAGGUGUUCCCCGACGAGGCGGAGAAUUUCUAUACUCUUCGGAUUUUAUCGACUGAAGUAGUUGAUGGUAUAGCUCUAUUAAAAGUCUCUGUCUCGUCUAUAGAAUUAAUGUGGACCAUAUACCGACGAUGGGAUGAGUAUGUGAAGUACUUAAUAUCCCUUCAGCGGAUCACACCUGUUCGUCUUAUAGUAUUUAAAGAGCAAAACCAAAGUGUAGCUCUUUCUUCUAAGACUUCCUUAGAGAGUUCCAUCAGUUUCUUACAGAAUUCUACGCACCAGAUUUUAGCCUUUGACCAAGUUCAAGCGGAAAUCGAGAAGUCAAGUUAUUUAUUUGAUUCCUUCGAACCGUCUUAUAUAACACUCAAAGUCAUCCAUCAAGGCUUCCUCGAAGUCAAAAGUAGUUUGUCGAGGUAUGAAGACCCCUUCACAAAGGCCUUUGCAGUGCUUUCUGAGUCGAACAUCUUUUAUAUGUAUCACUCACCAAGUGAAUAUUCCCUUCCUCUUUUCCAAGCGACUCUUCCGUUUCUCUCGUGUGUGACUGUCCCGGAGAAUUCAAAUUACAUUUUCGUCCAAAUUUCACAUAAAGAAAUUUUGAUGUUAAAAACGCCAAAUUACAUCGAGACGGAGUGGUGGAGCAAAUUCUUCAUGCGGAGUGUUUCUAAGAGUCAUGUCCCUGGUAUCAUUAAAGACGCAUUUAAAGCUAUUUCCAAUGAGAGUCAAUCCACCUUUGAACAUUGCUGUCAUGAGUAUAAUCCACACAAGAAGAAAGUCUUGCGCAAUGAAGUGAAGAAACAAAUGCAGAGUCAAAACGUCUCCGAAGCUAUCACUAAAUUAAAGAAGAAAAACAUCAUUAAAAACGUCGGCGAAUUCGUCGAGUUAUCCGUCCAAGCCUUAACCGGCGCUACUCUCCCUAACAUACAAAGCGCUUUAAACUCUUUCGUCUGUUUAACAGUCAACGACGUCGUCGUGACUAACUCCUCUAACAUCAAAGACGUCGCCUUGACCAGUGCCGACGUCGUGAGGAUCCAACCCAUUAACAAGGAGAUGCAAAUGCUCUUCGACUCGACCGUUCAAAAUGAAGCCAAAUUUUUAACUCUUAAAAACGCUAAUGAGACUCCCAAAACUCCUGGGAAUCUCCCUUUGGUCUAUUUCCCGAAUGAACAGCUUGUAAUGGUCUAUUCUAAUAUCGUCCACAUCCACACGAAAUACGACUGCGGCCCCCCGACAUGCUGUACCGGGUUGGACCCCAUUCCCGGGACGAUUCUUAUAACGUCUGCGCGCCUCAUCUUUCGUGUUCAAAGACAGUCUGGUACAAGUGAGUCUGAUGGGUUGUUCAGUUCAUUUCAUGGGAAGUGUAAAGAAGAGGGCUUUGAGAUCCCGAUACCUCUCUUCUACCAAAUUCGGAAGGAAAAGAUAGCACUGCCGACUGUUGGGAUCUUCUCGUGUGUGAUUGUUAAGUGCAAGAACUUCCACAGCUUUGUGCUGGCGUUCUUUGAUGGGGAGAAGGCGGACGAAUUGGAGCAGAUUGUCAUUAAAGCGGUGAGUCGUCGGACGAUGACGGAGGUCUUUUACUUUAAAGGAGUUUACGAAGGCCCAAAUUACUUGAAAGACUUUGAACGAAUGAAUUAUAGAAAAGCGGGUCUGUCGUUGUAUGAAAGUGGUGUGAAAAGCUACCCUUCACGGAUUGCUUUGCCAUCACAGAUGACGCCGGAAGACAUCUUACAGAUUGUGAACUUCAGAAGUAAAGGGAGGAUCCCCGCUAUGAGUUGGUGGAAUUAUGAGAAGAAAAUGUACCUCUUACGAAGCGCUCAGCCCCUUGUUGGCUUGACGACGACGCGGAAUUUUGCGGACGAGAAAUUAGUUGAAAUAGCACGGGGUAUGUCGGAAAGCCAGAAGAUGACGUUUGUCGACUGUCGGCCGAAGUUGAGUGCGUCGGCGAAUAUGAUUAAAGGGAUGGGGUAUGAAGACUCACGGUAUUAUGAGGGAAGCGACGUCGUCUUUUUGGACAUUGAUAACAUCCACAAGAUGCGAGAGAGCUAUAACCAACUGUUCUCUGCGAUGCGGAGAAUCUCUUAUGCACAUGUGAGUAUGACGGAAGGGAUGAAGAUCGUCGCGAAUAGCAAGUGGUUGUAUCACAUCAGUAAAAUACUGAAAGGAACCGUCAUAGCUAUCAAUCGAAUGAUUCAAGGAAGUACUUUACUUGUCCACUGUAGUGAUGGAUGGGACAGAACAAGUCAAAUAGCGUCGUUAAUUGAAAUUGUAGUCGACCCCUUCUAUAGAACAAUUGAAGGGUUUCAGGUUUUGAUUGAUAAGGAGUGGAUCGCAUUCGGACAUAAAUUUAAAGACCGGUGCAGACAUCUGGUGUCUACGCAAAGCAUGAACGAGUACUCACCAGUCUUCUUACAAUUCAUCGACUGCGUGUUCCAAAUCAUGAGAGUCGCUCCAAAGGAGUUCGAAUAUAACGAAAACUUCUUGAUGGAAAUAGCUCAACAAAGCUUCUCGUGUUAUUUCGCGAAUUUCUUGUGUAAUUCACAGGAAGAAAUGAACUGUAAAGCAGAAAGCUUGUGGAACGUCAUCAAUAAGGAAAAUAUCCGAUUCAGGUUUGUUAACCCAACGUAUAAGAAAUCGGAGAAAAUGCUCAACGUGAAUGAUAUCGAAAAAAGUGCUCCAGUGUUAUGGAGGAAAUUUUAUCAGUCAUAUUUUCGAUUCCAUUCAAUGUAA